AUGGCUACCCGUCCCGAGGACGGAACCAUGCACGCAGUAAGCAAAUCGAUCAAAAUAGCUGGAAAGAUAAGUGGAAAGAAUUUGGGUCCAGGGACGUUGAACCGGAACUGGAGAGAUGCUUCCGUACUUGGCUAUGAUGAAUGUCGGAGUCGGAGCAAAUGCUCAAAUGUAACUGUUUGGCGCAACCAAACAACGAAAGGAACCCAUUUCCAUCCCCAAUCCACUUUUACGAUUGCAAACGUCCGAACACCUCGGGAGCAAUCUGAUGAGAUUGAAGUGAAUGGUACUACCGGAGCUACUGAUAGUUCUUAG